AAUAACCUCCUUGUCUUUUAAUAGAAACUUUUGGAAUAGUUUUUUUCACCUGAAAAGUUGCUUUGUUGUUUAAAUUCCCUUUUGCUAUAGAUUAGUUGGCGGUUUGAAGACCAUUUCAAAACAAGUAGAAAUAUUGAAAAGAAAAUUCAGAAAAGGAAUACAAAAAUCUGGAGAAACCGUAAGUGUUAAAAUCAAAAUUAAAAUUUAAAAAAAACAAUGACAGCAGGGCUUAAACCUGCUAUCUUAUCAUGUAAUGAAUCUCCGAAAAAAACUGAAAUACAAAGUUUCACCUGCAAAAAACAGAUAACAAAUUAAAACAUCACACAUCCACCUGUUCAAAAAUGUGGGUAAUAUACUAAUGUCCUAUUGUUCGAAGAUCUCUGAGACGACAAUCUGAAAAGCCUCUGAGGGCCUGUUUUGAAACAGUGGCCCCCGUGUAUCAUUACACUUGGUAAACAUGUGUAACGUGCAACAAAAGGCUCGUCCCUAUUUGGGAAUGUAAAGCCCCCGUUAUCGUGCCUGAAUCGUACUCGAAACGUGCUCAUGUAAAGUACCUGUGACUUCUUUAUACGGAGUUUGUAGAAGCUCACAAUUCUGUCACCUGCUCCACUGACCAUUUGAAUGUCCACGCAAAAACAAGGCCUGCCAAGUUCACCUUGUAUCAACCACGUUGCCAGAAGCCAUGACGAGCAGAAUAAAAUCAAGUGCAUCUUUUUAGAACGUGCUUUUAUUCGCCCGAACGGCAGUUUAUCAAGUAAAAAUGGGGGAAGCAAAGCAAUGUGGAAUCACUCACAAUGUUCCAGCUUUAUCGUUCUUUACAGCCGGGACCACUGCAUGUUUGAUGGUAGUCACUGUUAUACUGAACGCCGUGAUACUGUUUACAAUUCUGAAAAGCAAAGGGAGUAGCUUUAAGCCAAUGUUUUUUAAGGCAAUUUUCAACAUCGCUCUUUCAGACCUUUUUACUGGCUUGGUCGUUGAUUCUUUGUCUUUCAAUUAUGUCCUCAAAGAAGGACUUGGCCUACCUCUAUCUGGAACGGAGAAGAAGUUGUCUCAUAUUACAUUCUUUAUAUUCAGUGGCGUGGCUGUAAUAACAGUAGGUUUGUUAAGCGUAGAAAGACUUUGGGCAUUGAUCAAACCUUUCAAUCAUCUUAAACACAAGAAAACAUGGCAUACAGCUUUGAUUGCAGCCAGCACUUGGAUUUUAUCAAUUGCACUCAGCAUGAGCUACUUUAAGGUCGGCUUUAUUCAGUGCUUAGUAGUUUUCUCGUGUACGACAGUCGUUUUCUCGUUCAUCCUUAUGGUCAUAAUGCUAGCAGUUUACCACAGGCGAAUGAUUCUCAACGGAAAAAGACGCGGAAGGUACUCAGUUACUAGAAGUGAUAGCAACUGCAAGUCUCUUAAAAGAUUGAGUGGAAAGAAUGGUUUAAGCCAAGCAGGGGAACGUAGAGUAACGAAAACCUUGCUGCUCAUGUUGGUUGUUUUUCUGAUAAGUUACCUUCCAACUGUUCUCAUGAUUGUUUACAUGAAUAACUGCACGGAUUGUAACUGCUUACUCAUCCACGCAAUGAGAGACCUGACCUACUUAUUUGUAGUAGCCGGAGCAAUGCUAAGGCCAAUAAACUACAUCCUACGUUUGCGUGUUCUGAGAAGAGCUAUCAGAAGGACAGUCAAGAAUAUGUGCGGAAAAAACACCGAGGACAACCCCAAAAUCAGCGAGGUUUCUAUCAAACUCCGAAGCUCGACUGAGAAGCAGUAGUUCUAUCGUCGUAUGAAUGGUUUCAUUCAUGAAAAAAAGGAAAACAAAGGGCGGGGCAGUUCUACAAACCUUUAAAAGUGUAAAUAUAAAUCUAUAUAAGAAGUUGUUAUUGUUGGAGUUAACAUCUCGUAAAUAGUUAAUUAUAACGCAGUCAUGUUUAAUUUAUUGAGUUAAGUCAUAUACUUGUUGAA